CGUACGUGUUCAGACUGUCAAGUCGCCGACCGGUAGUCCCGCUCCAUCAGUAGAAAAUCAAAGAAAUGUUUUCUGUCAGGAACAAUCACAUCUUGUAGAAGCGCGGCAGAAUUAUGCCCUCGAAGCCCGAUCUUCAAGAGAAGAGACAUUUUUCUCUAUAAAUGCCCGCGAGCAUCAAAGCUGAAGUCCGAUCCUCACUCUUGUCCAUACAAUGGCUCCUCAAGUCGAAUACCGUCAACUCGGAAGGUCUGGUCUCCGCGUGUCUGUUCCAAUCCUGGGCGGUAUGGCCUUCGGCAGCUCUCAGUGGCUCCCUUGGGUGAUCGACGAAGAUAAGGGCCUUCCGCUGCUCAAGGCUGCCUGGGAUUGCGGUAUCAACACAAUUGAUACUGCGAAUGUGUACUCGAAUGGCGAGUCGGAAAAAAUGAUCGCGAAAUUCAUCCAACAGAAUAACAUCCCGAGAGAGAACAUGGUCAUCCUGACGAAGAUCAAGUUCCUGGUUGGCAGUGAGGCGUCUAUGUUCACGUUUGCCAUGCCUCACUUGCCAAACACCCGCGACUACGUCAAUCUGGGCGGGUUGUCUCGCACGGCAAUCAUGAAUCAAGUUGAUGCCUCCCUGCAGAGACUGAACACAAGCUACAUCGAUCUCCUCCAGAUUCACGACUUUGACCCUGAGAUCCCUCUCGAGGAGACGAUGAAAGCGCUGCAUGACCUCGUGGUAUCGGGUAAAGUGCGGUACAUCGGUGCUUGUCGACUGCGCCUUUGGCAGUUUGCCGAGAUGAACAGCGUUGCGGAACGCAACGGAUGGACGACAUUCAGCAGCAUGCAGGUCGAGCAUUCGCUCCUCUACCGUCCGGAGGAGCUCGAGGUAAUCCAGUAUUGCAAGCUCAAAGGGAUCGGCGUUAUCGGGUUUUCACCGUUGAUGGACGGACAUCUCGCCCGUCCCAUUGGCACUGAGACGACGCGCACGAAGAUGAUCAACGGGACCCCAUACGAGAAGAAGCGUAGGCCAUGCGAUCUCGAGAUCAUCAAGCGUGUCCAAGAGUUGGCUGCGAAGCAUUCGUGGACUAUGAGUCAGGUAGCCCUCGCCUGGUCUGUCACGAAGAUCUCCAGUCCCAUUGUUGGAGCCAACACCGGAGAACGAGUUGAACAGUGCAUCAUCACGGGUAAGACGUUGACUUCGGAGGAACUCAAGUAUCUUGAGGAGUCGUAUGAGUAUCAACCAUACCGGUAAACGUAUUGGAGUUUAGUACCUCCGCUCUAGCGAUUGGGAGCUGUGCUACCGAGCAUGUUUUUCCGGGUCAUCGAUGCGAGCUUGCGGUGUAAGAAUCCCAGUAUAAUGUAAAGUACUAAGAUCAUGGAUCGAGUUAAGGCAUGAUCGAUUUACAAAGCUUACUCAC